GAGAGCAAUGCUAAAUCAAGGGUACAGUUAGGCACACAGGCACCUAAGGCAGGGGAUCGGGAGGAGGAGGUGUGUGUCUAUAAGAGGCUCUCAGGAAAGCUCAGGCUCACUCCCCUCCCAGGUAUCAUCCAGCAAUGAACAUGUCAGUGUUGACUUUGCAGGAAUAUGAAUUCGAGAAGCAGUUCAAUGAGAAUGCGGCUAUCCAGUGGAUGCAGGAGAACUGGAAGAAAUCCUUUCUAUUUUCAGCAUUGUAUGCUGCCUUUAUAUUUGGUGGCCGGCACCUAAUGAAACAGCGAGAAAAGUUUGAGCUAAGGAAACCCCUUGUCUUGUGGUCCUUCAGCCUUGCAGUUUUUAGUAUAUUUGGUGCUGUCCGGACAGGCGCUUACAUGUUGUACAUUUUGAUGACCAAAGGACUUAAGCAGUCAGUUUGUGACCAGAGUUUCUAUUAUGGACCAGUCAGCAAAUUCUGGGCCUAUGCAUUUGUACUCAGCAAAGCACCAGAGUUGGGAGACACUAUAUUCAUUAUCCUUAGAAAACAGAAGCUCAUCUUUCUUCACUGGUAUCACCAUAUAACAGUAUUACUUUAUUCAUGGUACUCAUACAAGGACAUGGUAGCUGGUGGAGGCUGGUUCAUGACCAUGAACUACGGAGUGCACGCUGUAAUGUAUUCAUACUAUGCCUUGCGUGCCGCUGGCUUUAGGGUAUCACGAAAAUUUGCCAUGUUGAUCACGUUAUCCCAGAUCACUCAAAUGCUCAUUGGCUGUGUGGUGAAUUAUCUGGUCUUCUCAUGGAUGCAGCAAGGACAGUGUCCAUCUCACGUACAAAACAUUGUGUGGUCCUCCAUCAUGUACCUCAGCUACUUUGUGCUCUUCUGCCACUUCUUCUUUGAAGCAUAUAUCACCAAAACCAGGAAAGCUGCCAAGGCUGACUAACCGUGGAACCUAAUGCCAAGUCAUUACCUCAGGGUCAUCAAAAAUGAAAUAAAAUAAAAAAGAAUUGGGAGUAAGCAAAUAAUAUAAAGGCACAAAGAAAACCUUAUCUCAAGCACUUAGAUCCUAGAGACGAAAUAUGUAUAAAGAUCUAUUUAAUUAUUGUCUUAAAAAUGAAGCUGAUCUGUGCAUUCUGCACUACAGGUAUUUCAAGGAACCAUGUGAUGAAUACUGGUCUGUGAAAAGUACAGGUCAUAUAGGAGACAUACUAUGUUUCCUAUCAUAACCUCCGUUGCUACUACUGCCCAAAAAACAAGUUAUCUGCUUAAAGUGGUAUUUAUUUCAAGGUUACAUGAGGGUGAGCAAGAGGUGGAGUAAAGUAGGAUAGAAAGGAUAGAACAUGUGUUUUUUUGGCUCGGGAUUAAUAUAUUGUUUAUAAUGUUAGAAAGUCAACGAGUUAAAAGCAAACUUAUGUAAGAACAUUAAUUGGAACAUUUAGGAUGCUUGCCCAAUGUUGUGUGUCGUGUGCAGCUGCAGUUCUUAUUGAUAUGCAAACAAACCACUCGCCCAAGAUGGUUGCUACAGUAUUAAUACUAGACUUUUAUUGUUGUACAUAUCCGCUAGAUUUUGUGUCUAGCUCGAUUGCCAUCGGACAGCUGCUGCAUAUUGACAGCUGGCAUGGAGAAUACACAUAUCAAAGCCUCAUCAGUCUCCGUGGAACUACCUGUGGACUAAAUAGCAAAUGUCUGCUAGAAGGGGUGGAGAGAACAGCGGUACACAAAGGUUAUUCAAAUGUUUCUCUCUGCGUGGCAUGGUAAAAGCCUGGUUUAUACAUAGAUAUAUCUAAAGCCUAAAAUUGGUCAUGUUUUCUAUUUUUCUGAAUCGUCAGAUUUCUGCAGGGCUGUGUGCGUCAGUUCGGUAACACUGUGCUUUUGUAUUUGCUUAUAAAGCGGUACAGAAAUGAUUAAAGUGCCCUCCUCUGGUACACAUCGAGAAUACAACACUCAAUAUCUUUGCUACAACCUAACGUUUUUUAAUUCAACCCUCAAUCGGGGAAUAACAAUCCCUUUAACUUCAGUCUCCUGUAUUUUUCUAUGUCCACAUGUACUGAAAGCAGGCCAACGUGUAGAAGGUACCAGUUUACCCAGGUAUGAAACUGAGAGCUCAUGUUGUUGUAAAGCCAUAUUCUUCAGAUCAUAAAGUGUUCUGUCUGUUCUAACGACGUCCAGAAAAGCCAAAUAUGUGUACAAUUUCCUGGUAUUUUAAACAAGCACUCAAUGUAAUUUGAUGUUAAAUGUUUUAUUGUAGUCUUAAUUGUAUUAGAUAGUUUAAUAUAUUAGCAAAUUAGAAAUGGAGGGUUAGAGGCUGCGGUCAUGCAUCAGAGUACAGUAAGUUAUACUGUAAUUACAAACCUGUAGGAAACAUGCAGUCAUUAUUAUUGUACUGCCCUGUAAUAUAUAGGAGCACAUUUCCUAGCUACUCCAAAAGCAUUUUACAUUUCCGGAAGUGCAACACAAGGGAUUUUUCUUUUAUUUUUUUAUGUAGCUUUAAUGGUGCUGCCAUCCAUGCUGCUUUUUUAUUUUAAUUUUUUUUUAAAUUAAUUUCUUAAUAGAAAUGGCAGAGGCGAUACAGUGUCUCAUUUAGGGGAAAUGAAUUGGAAAAGACGUAAUGUUAUGAUGCAUUUUGUCUGAAUGGUUAUUCAGAAUGAAGAGGAGAACUUGCAGUUCACUAUUGUAACAAACAAUAAAGUUUACAUUUAUGUUAAA